AAAUUCUGCAGUCAGAUGUUUUUCAUGAAAGAAUUUCAAAUUUAAAAAAAUUUAAUUUUUCAACAUGUCUUCAUAUAAGUUUGGGAUAGCCAUUUGUACAUUGAAUCAACUAUGUUUAGAUUUUCAGGGUAAUUUAUCUCGAAUCUUAAAAAGUAUCGAAAGAGCUAUCGAACUUGGAGCUUCUAUUCGUUUGGGUCCUGAACUCGAAAUAACAGGCUAUGGUUGUGAAGAUGCAUUCUAUGAAGUGGAUACGGUAUUUCAUUCAUGGCAAAUUCUUGGUGAAAUUCUCAAACAAAAUUAUCGUAACAUUAUGAUCUGUAUUGGAAUGCCGGUCAUCAAAGACUCUUGCUUAUAUAAUUGUGUUACGGUUAUUUUUAAUUCGAAAAUUGUUUACAUCAGAGCUAAAAAUAGAUUAGCCAUACACGGAAAUUAUAGGGAAAGUCGUUAUUUUAAACCAUGGAAUGAUGGAACGAAUGGAUCUAUUUCAUGGUUUGAAUUGCCACCGUUAAUAACAGAAAUAUGCGGACAAAAACGAGUUCCAUUUGGUGACGGGGCAAUCAUAGAAAUCAAAGAUAAUGUCAUCGACAGCAGUGAUUUACAAGUUUCAUUGGGCGUGUUAAGAAUUGGAUUCGAAAUUUGUGAAGAAUUAUGGCAUUCCGACACUCAAAGUAAUCGUCAUUUUGGUCUACGGGCAUGCCAUUUAGUUGUUAACCCAUCCAGUUCAUAUUGGGAACUUCGGAAAUUAGACAAUGCAUAUAACCAUGUUCGUUCGGUCACUAGCAAAACUGGAGGUGUCUACGCUUAUGUCAAUAAUAUUGGGUGCGAUGGCGGUGGCCGUCUUUGUUUUUAUGGACGAAGUUUUGUCGUAGAAAAUGGAAAUUUACUUUCAAUGUCAAAUGUAUCGCUCGAUGAACUUUUUGAAGAAGUUUCUGUCACCUUAUCGAUAGUGGAUCCAGUAAAUAUUCAACAAUUUCGAUUGCAGAAUAAUAUUGCUAUUCGAAGUUGUAGUGUUUCGGAAAAAUUUAUCAAAUUCAACGAUAGCAAGCCUUAUGAAGAUAACAGUACCCUUUAUUCUGAUAUAUCUGAUGCAAACACUAUCUCUAUGGAGAAUAGUGAAUUUUUCAAGAAUUCGAUUAUUGGAAACUCAACAACUAACAUUUCUAAAAAUUUCGUUCAACUCUGUCCUGAAGAAGAAAUUAUGCGUUAUUGUUCAUUAUGGCUAUGGGACUAUCUACGAAGAUGUAUUCCUGGUGGAAUAAAAGGAUUCAUCGUGCCUUUAAGUGGUGGUCUGGAUUCAUCUUCAGUCGUCUGUAUUGUUUAUUCACUUUGUCGAUUUUUGUAUCACCAAAUUUAUUUUGUCAAAAAUCGUAUCGUGAUUGAAUCAUUGAAACCAAUUUUAGAUGUAGAAAAUAAUCAAGUUGAAUUGCAGCCACGAGAUAUAUGCCAACGAUUGUUACGUUGCUGUUAUUUACGUACAAAAUUCUCAGGCCAGGACAGCUUUAAUCGGGCAAAAAAUCUUGCUCAAUUGGUUGGAGCUGAUUUUCAAACAUAUGAUUUUACUGAUAUUUAUCAUAAAAUUAUCGAUACAGUGCCAUUAGGUAUUGAAUCAAAAUCUACCAAUGAUGUAACCAUACAACAGCAAAAUGUACAAGCUAGAAUUCGAAUGGUUUUGACCUAUUAUAUGAGUGAAUGUAAUCGUUUAGUAUUGGCUACAGGAAACGUUGAUGAAGCACUCGUUGGCUAUCUAACCAAAUAUGAUUGUUCAUCUGCUGAUCUUAAUCCGAUUGGUUCGAUUAGUAAAAAUGAUCUUAAAAGAUUUAUGAUUUAUUCCAAAAAAAUUAUUCCGAAUUCUGAACAAGUUUUAGAUCAUAUUAUUAAUGCUAUUCCUAGUGCCGAAUUAACCGGCCAAGAUCAGAAAGAUGAAGAAGAUUUAGGAUUGACAUAUGACGAACUUAGUCUGUUCGGUCGAAUACGUCGUGGAAUACAUGGUACUUAUGGCCCAUACGGAAUGUUUUGUAAAAUCUGGAAUGAUCGUUAUUCUGAUCAUGUUCGACUUGCGUUCAAUGGACAAACGGUUGAACCAAAAUUAUUGGCAUCAAAAGUGAAACGAUUCUUUACAUUAUAUGCUCGUAAUCGUCAUAAGCAAACAAUACUAACACCUAGUCUUCAUACGGAAACUUAUUCUCCAGAUGAUAAUCGUUUUGAUCAUCGACAAUUUUUAUUCAAUACUCAAUGGCCAUGGCAAUUUGAACAGAUUGAUAAAAUGAUCGAAAAAAUUUUAAAUAAAUAAAUUCUGUCAAAAACCAUCUGUCGGUUUUCUUUCCAAUAAAAUUAUUCGCUUUAUGUGUUGAAAUGA